AUGUUCCCGUAUCUCAGUUUUCGUUUGUCCGGCCUGGAACCCAUGGCACAGUACACAUUGCAUGUGGACGCAGUCUUGGCAGAUCAGAAUCACUGGAGGUAUCAGGGUGGAAAAUGGAUCCAGUGUGGAAAAGCUGAGGGCAACAUGCCAGGCAACCGAAGUUAUCAGCACCCUGAUUCCCCCAAUACUGGAGCCCACUGGAUGAGACAAGAGGUGACAUUCAGCAAACUCAAACUCACCAACAACAAGGGGUCAUCCAACAACACAUCUCAGAUGCUGGUGUUACAAUCGCUCCACAAGUACCAGCCACGACUCCAUUUAACACAGAUAAAGGACACAGGGUCUCCUGAGGUCCACAACUUCAGCUUUCCAGAGACACAGUUUAUUGCAGUGACUGCCUAUCAGAAUGCAGAUAUCACACAGCUGAAAAUUGAUCACAAUCCAUUUGCUAAAGGAUUCCGCGAUCACUGUGAUAUGCAAGUAUCUAUGGGAUUAACAGG